UUUCCAAAGACCUUUUCCCUAGUUCACUUAACAACAGCUGCUGGAAAGCUCCUCCCUGCGGGAGGAGAGAAGAUCUCAUUGGUUUUUCAAUAGUAACUUCACAGCACUGAAAGCAGGGCUGGUGCUGCUGUUGUGUGAGGAAGGGUCUGCAGGUGCCAAAUGCUGAGCAUUAAAGGAAUCAACAGGACUGUGGGGCAGGAGCAACAGGCCAGCAUGAAGGAAAUAGAAGUGUUAGAAGAUCUGGGAAUACACCUUGCAAGGAGAGACACAGAGGCCCUCUUCCAAGAGCAGCCUGGGACUGGGAACCCAUACUUGGAAGACACUUUGCUUCGGAGUUACUUGAAAAUACACCUUCCUCCCAAGGUCCUGGAGGAAGUGCAUCAGGAUCUGGAGAGGUUUGGAAACCGCCUGCUGACCAAGAUCCAACCUCUGAGCUGGGAAUGUGAGCUGAACCCCCCUGUGUUCCGGCAGUACGAUGCCUGGGGGCGGCGCGUGGAUCACAUCCACACCUGCUCAGCGUGGAAAAGGAUGAAGGAGAUUUCAGCAGAAGAAGGGCUGAUUGCUGAAGCCUAUGAGAAAAGAUACUCCAACUGGAGCCGCCUGUACCAGGCUGUCAAACUGUACUUGUUCUCAAGCUCCUCUGGAGGUUUCAGCUGUCCACUGGCCAUGACUGAUGGGGCAGCCAAAGUCAUUGAGUCACUGGGUAUUUCUGGAUCUCUGAAAAACGCUUUUGACCAUCUGACAUCCCGUGACCCCGAGAAGUUCUGGACCUCUGGCCAGUGGAUGACCGAGCGAAGGGGUGGCUCAGAUGUUGCAAAUGGCACUGAGACCGUGGCCAGGAAGCAGCCGGAUGGCACCUAUCGUCUGUAUGGAUUUAAGUGGUUCACAUCAGCAGCUGAUUCUGAUAUGGCAUUAACCCUGGCCAGGAUAGCAGAUGCUGAAGGACAGUGUGUCCAGGGCUCCAGAGGCCUGUCCCUGUUCUUCCUGAGGGUUCGGGAUGAGGAGGGGAAGCUGAACAGCAUCCAGGUGCAAAGGCUGAAGGACAAGCUGGGCACGAGACAGAUGGCAACAGCAGAGCUGUGGCUGCAAGGAGCCAGAGCAGAGCUGAUCUCUGCAGAGGGUCGUGGAGUGGCCGCCAUCUCCAACAUGCUGAACAUCACUCGGAUCCACAAUGUCAUUGGUGCUGUGGCUUCCAUGAGAAGGAUGAUCAGUCUGAGCAGGGACUACGCCUGCAAGCGCAUGGCCUUCGGGAAGCUCCUCAAGGACCAUCCCCUGCACGUGCAGACGAUAGCCCGGAUGGAGGUGCAGGUGAGAGGGGCAUUUCUGCUGCUUAUGGAGAUCGUUCGCCUGCUGGGCCUGGCUGAAACCAACCUGGCAAGUGAGCAGGAGCAGCUGCUGCUGAGGCUGCUCAUCCCAGUGGCCAAACUCUACACAGGGAAGCAGGCUUCUGCUGUGGCUGUUGAGGCAAUGGAGAGUUUUGGGGGCCAAGGUUACAUGGAGGACACAGGCUUGCCAGUCAUACUCCGGGAUACUCUGGUGCUGUCCAUAUGGGAGGGAACAACAAAUAUCCUGUCCCUGGAUGUGCUGCGAUCCCUUGCCAAGAGCCAAGGGCAGGUGAUGGCUGUGUUCCUGUCCACAGUGCAGGAGAAGCUGGAGCUGGUUUCAAGCACCAAGGAACUGGCCCCGGCCGUGCAGCGGACACGGGAAGCCAUCGGGAGCCUCCGGCAGUUCAUGGCAGCUGCGGGCUCAGAGCAGGGACUGACCAUGGAGCUGGCAGCCAGGGACUUCUCCUACAGCCUGGCACGGAUCUACACAGGAACUCUUUUGAUGGAACACGCGGCUCGGGCCGAUGCUUCCUCCGCAGACGCCUGCGCUGCCCUGAGGUGGUGCAGCCAGGACCUGUGUCCGGUGGCCGUGGAGUCAGGGAGGGGCAGCUACGGGGGCGGGGCAGCGCUCCAGGACAGCGCCCUGGUGUUCGGGAACAGCCGGCUCUGAGCGCCCGCAGCCCCGGCACGGACACCAGCAGAGCCUUUGGUUCCCACCCUGCACCUGCCACCACCACCCUGACGUGUGCCCAGCUGAGAACUGAGCCCUCCCAGGGUGAGAUCCGGUGCCAGCUCCCCUCAGUUCCCAGCGGUUCCUGGCGCUGUUUGAGAUCCCGACUCUGGAGGUUGUUCCACAGACCAGGGGCAGCUCUGAAGCCGCCAAUGGUGACAGCAGCGCCGGUGUCCUGAAAGCUCAUGGGCUGUCCAAGAGCUGGGACAAAGGAAAAGGGAAGGAGGCUCCUUAGGAAGAAAUAAUCUCAGGGAAAUGAGCUUUGACACCUUCAGCCAUGUCCUCCUCUGGCACAGCUGCUGCCCCUGGUAGGAGCCCUUCUGCACCCUGGGGAAGCUCAGAACUUCUCUGAUCCCUCUGGGGUCCGGGGCCUGUAACAUCUGCAGGACAAUGAGCUCCUGAAAGCACUCAGGAGAAACUAAAGUGGGAGAGGAGCUCCAGGAAAUCCCAUUGUGAGAUGUGAAACGCUUAGCGUGGUCCUUACACCAGCAAACGUGAUUCCUGCUUCAUCUCUGCUCCAGAUCACAUCAGCGGCUCUACCCCAGCCUGGUUUGAUUUGAUUUAAGGAACACCAAAUCACAGAGGGCUUGUGUUCAAGGUCUUGUGAUAACAUGUCUGGCCCCAAAUCCCUCACAGCUGCUCAGACCCCUGAGAAUUAAGGGCAAAUCCUCAAAUAUGUAAGAGAACAAAUAAAUGAUGGUGAGGGGCUUGAGGAGACAGGACAGUGCCCAGCUGGACUGAGCCAGGAAAUUGGAGCCAUUGGAAAAUGGGAAUAAUCCUUGUGCAGGACAAACAUCACUUGAAUUUUCCACCUUCUGGGAAACAAAGAUCUUAAACCUGAGUGAGUCUGGUUUGAUCCCAAAGAGCCACAGCUCCACCACCCAGCAUCGGGGUAAGGCAGGUGCAAGUGGGAAUGGAGCUUCCACUGCCAAACCCCACUGAAAGCAGGGGGAACUCCCUGGAAAUCCAGGCUGCUCCUACAUUUGGGUAACAUCACAGACUGAAAUAGGAUGGUUGGUCAAAGGGAAAAAGAAAAACAGGGUGUGGAGGGAGCCGAGUCUCUGGCACCUUUCUCCAUGCUGGGAAAACCGUGCUGAUUGUGCCAACAGCAGGGUGUGUGCACUGUGAGCCUCCCCCUUCCUGGGACUCCUGCAUCAGGAAAACCAAGAUUUAAUUUUUUCUCUUAAGUUUAGGAGUGACAGUUUGUUGUUCCCUGGAAAGACACGGUGUGGAACAGGAAGCCAAGGGCAGCAGCUGCAGCCUCCUUUCUCAAGGCCUUGGUGUUUCUGCUGAGCCUCCAAUACGUCCCCUCUGAGGGACAGGGAAGAAAACUAAGAAAGUGUGUUAGCAAAAUGCUCCCAUGCAAAAGUCUAAACUUUAUUCACUUUUAUUUAUAUAUUUAACAAUUCUAAAGUAUUUACUUCUCGCUUUUGACAAAAAUGAAAAAUAUAGGAGCACUUUACUCUCUUGUGGAGAGAAGGGUUAUUUCUGUACACAGCUACGGAGAGACGGCUUCCUCCUUUACAUACAAAGAAAAAUAAUAUUAAUAAAAAAAGUGCUUCAUCGAUCCAAAAAAGCCUAAAGAGCUGCAAGCUUUUAUUCACACUGUACAUCCCAGCCCCGGCCCGGCCCCUCUUGGCACGUGCAGAGGCUCCGGCUGAUUCUGCACCACAAAGCCACACAAGGUUGGGGUGUCCCCCCCAGCCCAGCGCUGCCACCUCCCCCUCGCCCCCCCGGGAGGAGCCGCACGUUCCCUCGCCCCGCUCAGAACAGCGACGCCUGUGCCUCUCUUCCAGCCCCCAAUCCCAAACACUCCUUGGCUGGAAAUGCCAUCCUUCACUUUGCUUUUCCCUCAGUGUCUCUUUCUCUAGACCUGUGCCAGGGAGAUCCCAAGAUGCUCCGUCCGUUCCCAGACCCCUUUCCCGCAAGGACGCAGCCUCCUCCUUCCUGGACAUGGACGCCAGCGCGUGGAUCCGGCAGGGUGGGAAGGGCACAGUCCAACCACCUCAGACCCACUCAGCUCUGCCAGAUGGUUUCUCCACGUGACCCUCCCUUUGGAUGAUGUGAUUGUGACAUUCCAGGGAAGGGAAA